AUGCCCACAAUUCCAAAGGGCGGGCAGCCCGCGUGUGCCCGCACACACCGCCGCCUGCCGCGAGCUCCCAGGGCUUCUCACCCAGGCUUACCCGAGGAGGCUGCGGCUGCAGGCCCAGCCGGGGGCGUGGCUUCCAUGGACACGCCCACCGCCCUGGCACUGACUGGCCGCCGGGAGAGGCCUACAGCCUGCUUCCAGCUCGGCCACCCAUUUGGAGGCAGUUGGCCACGGGUUCGCCCGGAAAGUCCUGCGCAUGCGCGCUGGGGGUCCGCCAAGCCACGCCCAGGCUCCCGUAAGCGCGGCAGAGACGCCUUGAGGGAGGAGGAGGAGGAGGCGGUGCUGGUGGUGGAGGACGACAUAAUGGCGGAAGUGGAAGCGGCGGCCGAGGAGGAAGCCGAUGUCGAGCGGGAGCGGCAGGACAAAGGGGCACAGCCGGGGCCUGGGCCCCUGACGCCAGAGUCCGCACUGGACGAGCUCCGGGCUGUUCAGGUGGAGCUGGAGCCUGUUAACGCCCGAGCCAGGAGGGCCUUUUCUCAGCAGAGGGAAAAGCUGGAGCGCAGGCGCAAGCCCCACCUGGAUCGCAGAGGCGCCAUCAUCCGGGGCAUCCCCGGCUUCUGGGCCAAUGUCAUUGCAAACCACCCCCAGAUGUCAGCCCUGAUCACUGACCAAGAUGUACGCAUGCUUAGCUACAUGAUCAACUUGGAGGUGAAAGAAACAAAGCAACCUAUUCACGUCUGCAAGAUCAUGUUGUUCUUUCGGAGCAACCCCUACUUCCAGAAUAACGUGGUUACCAAGGAGUAUCUCGUGAACCUCACAGAAUACAGGCCUUCUCAUUCCACUCCAGUUCAGUGGCAUCAGCGUUAUGAACGUGGGCCUACCGCCGCAGGACACCAGAACAGCAGCCUUAACUUCUUCAACUGGUUUUCUGACCACAACUUCGCAGGAUCUAACAGGAUCGCUGAGAUCCUAAGUAAGGACCUGUGGCGCAAUCCCCUGCAAUACUACACGAGGACCAGGCCACCCGAAGAGGGAACAGAGAUUUCAGGGGACUCCCAUUUUUCGGGUUGAAUAUGAUGGUGUGUCGGACUUCACCUGAAACGGCAGAACUCCUGAAAAGUUACUACAUUAUUCAGGAUGUCAGUACUCAACAUGGUCUUAUGCACAGGAAGCAAAAGAAAGACAGAUCCUGUCAUAGAAAAAUGCAGAUAGGAAGAGGGGGUAAACUUGGAUUUCAUGGAGUGAAAAUAAACACUGUCAAG